GCGGAGAGCGCAUGGCGGCGACACGUUAGGGCCCAGGGCGGCCCUGUUGCCUGGCGACGGUUUCCCUGGUCGGUGCCGCAACCCGCCAGGCCUUCAUCGCGAGAUACACCGGGCCAAGAAGCCCGGGCCAAGAAGCCCUGGCUAUGGCCUCGACGGUCCGUGCGUCCUUCUCUACUCCCGAUGGGUUGCCUGAGACUGAGAAGAAUUCAGGGGAGUCCGAGAACACCUAUAUUCUGCGGCCCAUUUUCCAGCAAAGGUUCAGAUCCUCUGUGGUUAAAGACUGUAUCCAUGCUGUGCUCAAGGAGGAACUGGCAAAUGUUGAAUAUUCUCCAGAAGAAAUGCCUCAGCUCACAAAACGUUUAUCAGAAAAUAUUAAAGAUAAAUUAAAAGAAAUGGGAUUUGACCGAUAUAAAAUGGUGGUGCAAGUAGUGAUUGGAGAACAAAGAGGUGAAGGAGUAUUCAUGGCUGCUCGCUGUUUCUGGGAUGCUGACACUGACAACUACACUCAUGAUGUUUUCAUGAAUGACAGUUUGUUCUGUGUUGUAGCGGCUUUUGGCUGUUUCUACUAUUGAAUCUUUGAAAGCUGGGAAAGAAUAUGACCGUGAAGAAAUAUGAACUUUUUUAUAUUGUUAAAUUUGACAAAAUAAAGAUAACUUAGCAGUUUGGCAACUUAGUCUGUUGAGUUUUAGACCUUA